GUACAACCUAAUGCUUUUUUGUUCAGAAAAAAAAAACUAUUCUAAAAUUUUUGAUGAAUAAAUCAUCUACUUCCAAACCAUAUCUCCAUGGCCUUCUCAUAUUUAUUUUCAGAUAUCUUUCUCAAAGAUGAGACCCUAUUUCGAAUAAGCUUAUCCAAAAAGAUGAUGAGCCGGGCUGAGGAUUGAGGAGCUUCUUCAACACAGCCAGAUAGCAAAGGCUGUAGCUUGGAAGCUAUAACGAAAGAGAAAGGUGGAGGUUCUGUCCUGUAGACCCACCACCAGUCUUUAAUUUGCAUCAACUGAUUCUAAUGAUUUGAAAUUCCUAUGCCUGCCAGAUCCCUUAUCGUUCCUCGCCACACAAAAAGUUGUUUGAAACCUUACGUUGGAAUAUAAUUUAUGCUUACCAUGAAAGUUCCUAGUGUUUAAUCCUGGUCAGAUCAUAUCUGGUCACGAUAUCUUUCUAUCUCCCUGCGUAUUAAAGCUGCUGAAAUCUAUUUUCCAAAGUUGAUAAUGAAACAUGCAUGAAGCUGUAGGCUGUAACUGUUCACUAUUGCAAAUUGAACAAUAAUUGUAGCUUGCUCAAUAAAUGCAGCUCUGUACUAGCAGACUAGGGGACGACCAAGACCCUAUACGUAAAUAAUACGAAAUAUUUCUGUUUUACAAACAAUUAAAAAAAAACUUCCAUUUCACAAUUAUUUUAUCUCUUCUUCUUGUUGGUAAAGAUUGUGACUAACCAACCAAGUCUACAUAAUCUAUAUCGAUGAUGUGGAUCGUCUUCUUCUUCAUCAUCAUUACAAGCUUCUUUGCGACUCUAACAACACCCACUUCACCAGCUCUCCAUCCAGAUGAAUUGCAUGCGCUUGAGGAGAUAGCUACUACACUUGGUAUAAAGAGAGUGAACCUAAGUUACAAAGACUCAUGCGAUUCACAAAGUCUAAUGAUCAUAAACAAGCUGAUAGGAAUCUGGAGGUGAACAACACCAUUGCUUGUGAUUGUAGCUUCAACAACAACAUGACAUGUCAUAUUACAGAAUUCGACUUAUCCGCCAACUACCUUACUGGCACGAUUCCUCCCGAGUGGGUUUCAAUGCCAUAUCUCACUUUCAUCUGGCUCUGCGGGAAUCGUUUGUCUGGGAAUUUACCAACUUGGUGGCAACACUUCAAGAAUCUGAAAUUCUUAGGGGUCGAAGGCAACCAGUUCUCUGGUACAAUUCCUGAUGAGCUUGGUAACUUGACCAAGCUUGUAAAAUUGGAUCUUGCAUCUAAUCAAUUUACAGGAAGCUUGCCUAUCACUCUCGCUCGACUAGUAAACCUUGAACAACUUUGGAUAAGUGACAACAAGUUUAGUGGAACCAUCCCAGCAUAUAUUGGCAAGUGGUCUCGGCUUAGAAAGCUAUCUCUACACGCGAGUGGACUGAAAGGACCUUUUCCUGAUGCAGUGGCAUGCCUAGAAAAUCUCAUUGAUCUGAGAAUAAGUGAUACCACUGGGAUAAACUCAUUUCCAGUUCUAUCCAGCAAAGUCAUUGAAACCCUGAUUUUGAGGAAUGUGGGUUUGUCUGGUCCAAUUCCUUCUUACAUCUGGAAAUUGCCAAACCGAACUAGACUCUACCUGACUGGCAACAUGCUUUCCGGAAACGUUGAGUCUGCUUUUUUAAUCAACAACAAACCUAAUAUAGAUCUCUCUUAUAACAAUUUCUCUUGGUCAUCUAGUUGUCAAGAAAAGAGUAACAUUAACACAUACCGGAGCUCAAUUUUGAAGAAUAAUUUAACUGGCCUUCUUCCAUGCGCUGGUCCAGUCAACUGCAAGACCUAUCAGAGAUCAUAUAAACUGUGGUGGAGAAGAUAUAAAGAUUACAAACUCUUUCAGUAAAAUCACUUAUCAAGCUGAUAACAGUAAAACCAAUGCCGCAACAAAUCAUCACCUCGAAAACUGGGGAAUCAGCAACACAGGUGACUUCACCGAUGAUGCAUAUGUUGAUGACACGUUCAUCAUUUCAACUAGUUUAAGACUAUCUAAAGAUUCUCCCCAUCUCUAUAAAACCGCGCGUCGAUCUGCUCUCUCUCUGGUUUACUAUGCAUUUUGCUUGGACAA